AUGUCUCGCACAUCACCAAAAAAAAUCUGGGGUUAUCUGAAGAAAGAAUAUAUUGGAGAUGAAAGAAUUCGAGGAAUGCAAGUAUUGAAUUUAAUAAGAGAGUUCGAGUUUCAGAGAAUGAAAGACUCCAAGAUAGUCAAAGAGUACUCGGACAGAUUGCUUGACAUUAUUAACAAGGAACUGGAACAGAGAAAACUUAUGAGGACAGAUGGUAUGGUUGAAGGAACCUUAGUAGCCAACCACAAAACUCAAAGAAGGGGUAAAAAUUUAAAAAAUUAUCCACCUUCUGAGUACUUUGGAAAAAUGGGUCAUCCACCAUACAAAUGUUCGAAAUGGCUAGACGCUAAGUGUUGCAAGUGCAAUCAACUUGGCCAUGAAGCAGUAAUUUGCAAAAGCAAAUGUAAGAACCAUGAUGCAGAUGCACGUGUGGUCAAUGAAGAAGAAGAGAAAGACCAUAUUUUUAUUGAAACAUGUAUCUUAAGUAAAGUUUCAACAGAUUUUUGGUUAAUUGAUAGCGGUUGCACCAACCACAUGACCUAUAAUAAGAGAUUGUUUAAAGAAUUAAAGCCUACUGAAAUAUCCAAAGCUAGGAUCAGAAAUGGUGACCAGGUCGUUGUUAAAGUAAAAGGAACCGUUGUCAUCAAAAUAAGUUCGGUAAUAAAGCAAUUUUAG